UAGAAGUAUUUAGAGAGUACUAAAAAUGGCUGCACCCACGGUACUUGUGUUUGAGAAUGAAUCUUCCGUGUCUGAAAAUUUGGGCAAAUUUGUUGCAGAUAAAGCCAAUGACGCAAUCAAACGAAAGAAUAUUUUUACUGUUGGAGUUUCAGGUGGAAGCCUAGCCAAGUUUUUAUGCAACAAUUUACCAAACCACAAAACUGACUGGUCGAAAUGGCGGAUGUUCUUCUGUGAUGAGCGCUAUGUGCCCUAUGAUGAUGCUGAGUGUACAUACAAGUUUUACAAGGAGAAUCUGAUGUCUAAGGUUCCUCUCUCCGAGGAGAACAUCUUUCCGAUCAACCCUAAUGUUCCAGUGGAAGAGGCUGCGACAGACUACGUGAAAAAGAUACAGUCCGUGUUGCCAGGUGAUGGCUUCCCUCGCUUUGAUUUGCUGCUUCUUGGUAUGGGACCUGAUGGACACACAUGCUCCCUGUUCCCUGGUCACAAACUACUUGAUGAGACCAGCCUCAUUGUUGCCCCCAUCACAGACUCCCCAAAGCCUCCCCCUGGAAGAGUGACCAUGACGUAUCCUGUUCUCAACAACGCCGCAUGUGCAGUGUUUGUGUCCUGCGGUGCAGGCAAGGCUGAAAAAAUCCAGCAAGUCCUGGAGCCUGGUAGCGGUGUCCUGCUCCCCGCAGCUCGUGUCAAGCCCACCAGCGGCGAGGUUGUGUGGUUUCUGGACAAGGCCGCAGCCUCCCUGCUCAACAACAAGCAGUAGCCUCACACCAGGAUGGGGUGGCCUCGAGGUUAAUGUGCUGGCUUGUCGCGUCAAGGACCCGGUUUGAUUCCCCACAUGAGCAAAACAUCAACCCUUGUGGUGUAAUCCUACUGUGGUAUUGUUUUUAUAAUACUAAAAGCAGGUAUUUCCAGACGGGCAGUCCUGAGUCUCAUUGGCAUCAAAAUUGAAAUUGAGCAUGAAAAAAAUAUGUCCACUGGGAUGCAGAAAAAUAAUAUUGCAUGUUAGAAAUUUUACGUUAUUAGUAUAAAAGCAAUACGCAUUCAAAUGCUUCCUGAUUUGCUUGCACCAUCACUUGUAAUUCGUUUCAUUUGGGAUCUCAGAAUCCAUUUUUAACGGCCUCUGAGCAUGUGCAAUUACUUGGUGGAGUACUGUAUUCAGGUUUUUACGUUUUCUGGGACCCCACAUUUGGACCCCAAUUAGCCUCGGACCCUUCAAUUAUAGGCUCCCAAAAUAAAUAAGCCAGGUAAAUCCCUGGUAAAAGCGAUGUAAAGACAUACUCACAUAACUUGCACACUCAUUCACUGUCAUAAUAAGGAGGGGGCACGGGUGGCCCAGUCGUCUAAGGCGCCACGCCAGAAAACUAUGAUUGUGGGUUCGAAUCCCGGUUCGCCCCGAUUAUGUUUCUAGGUUUGUCAGCACCAUACCCGUGCUCAUGGGUUUCACCGAAGUGGUAAACGUCCGAGACCUGCAUCACUUCGGGCUUUCCUCCCACAUUUAGCUGACACGCUGUGAUAUAACUGGAAUACUGUUAAAAGCGGCGUUAACCCCACUCACUCACUCGUAAUAAAGAUGCACAUACUAACAGGGCAGGAACAGAACACCAACUGAUUCUGGGGAAUGACAAGAAUGUAGUAGGUGCAGGUAGUUACCGUAAUAUCAAAGUGUGACAACAUGCCGAUGGUGGAAAUCAGGAUAGGAUGUGAGAACCAAAUUAGCCUGAAAAGGAUUUUGUAGUGUUUUAUGUUUUGGGUAUUAUUUUUAUGUUGGAGUCAAGUCCCUCUGCUGUCCCUAGCAUGGAUGUUCCUCUAUGAUUGUGGCAUGACGCUAGGGGUGUACACUAUACACUGUAUAGAGAUAUCUGCUUGUGUGAUGCAUUGUGGUGACAAUGUGUAACACUGGAGGCAUUGGCGGCAAAGCUGGCAACGGUGACGCUAUUUGAAGUGCGCAUUUGCCCCGAUUAUGAUUUUUGGUUUGUGAAAGUCCCGGGCCACUUGGGGCAUUCCUCCCAUAUUAUACUGAUGUUUGACAUGAUUUCCAUACAUGUAUCAUUUUUAAAUGCCUUUCAAAGACUUUUAUUUCCAUACUAUUCAAAGCACAACUCCCUGACUAACAUUGUGUCAGUACAGCAUUGCUGUCCCUCAACCCUGUGUGGAUAUAGAUAUAUUACAUGUACCUCAAUGGGAUGGACCAUUCAAUAUUUAUUUGGGGAGGUGGGGGUGUAUUUUUUGUUGAGAGACAGAUUUAAUAGUAUAUUUUUUUCCAGUACAGUGAAGCAUACUAUAUCUUUCUUUGAAAAGAGUACUUGCAGGAAUAUGUUUAUAUUUCAUAUUUAUUACAUGUAAGUUUAACACACAGACACACACACACAAACACACACAAACACACAUAUGCACCUGAAUAUCAACUGGGUGGACCAAAUUGUUCCACUAUCCAAGAAUCUCGAUGUCCACUGAUACUGUAGCUUCUCUUCCUGUACACUGGAUAUACCAGCCUCUGUACCGACCAAGCAGCGAUGUGCUCCUGAUUAAUGGUGAAGCAGGUGUUGACUCGACAAACCCACAGCGUGAUAUAAAAUACAAUGUUAAGUUCAUUAGUCCCUUAGUGAGAGGCAUGGGUCGCGCAGGAUGCCACAAGUCGCUGUGCAGAGUUGUGUCCCUUAGGUGUGCCAUAAACCUAUGAUAGUUGGCUUGUAUCCAAGAUUCGCCCUGAUUAUGUUUCUAGGGUUCUCAGCUCUGUAACCAAGCUCAUCGGUUUCAGCAAAGCUGUAAACAUCUAAUAAGAGCUUCGGACUUGCCUCUCACAUUAAGCUGACACCAUGCUGACAUGCCGUGACCGUCUGCCUGGAGAGUGCCUUAGUGUUCUAGUUGAUAGAAAGUCAGGCUGGUGCAAGCCUCCGUGUUCUAGUGGAUAGAAAGUCAGGCUGGUGCGAGCCUCCGUGUUCUAGUGGAUAGAAAGUCAGGCUGGUGCGAGCCUCCGUGUUCUAGUGGAUAGAAAGUCAGGCUGGUGCGAGCCUCCGUGUUCUAGUGGAUAGAAAGUCAGGCUGGUGCGAGCCUCCGUGUUCUAGUGGAUAGAAAGUCAGGCUGGUGAGAGAUUUAGUGUUCUAGUGGAUAGAAAGUCAGGCUGGUGCGAGCCUCCGUGUUCUAGUGGAUAGAAAGUCAGGCUGGUGCGAGCCUCCGUGUUCUAGUGGAUAGAAAGUCAGGCUGGUGCGAGCCUCCGUGUUCUAGUGGAUAGAAAGUCAGGCUGGUGCGAGCCUCCGUGUUCUAGUGGAUAGAAAGUCAGGCUGGUGCGAGCCUCCGUGUUCUAGUGGAUAGAAAGUCAGGCUGGUGCGAGCCUCCGUGUUCUAGUGGAUAGAAAGUCAGGCUGGUGAGAGAUUUAGUGUUCUAGUGGAUAGAAAGUCAGGCUGGUGCGAGCCUCCGUGUUCUAGUGGAUAGAAAGUCAGGCUGGUGAGAGCUUUAGUGUUCUAGUGGAUAGAACAUCUGCCUGGAAGGUACAGAAGGUAUGUGGUUCGAUCUCCGGGCUCAUCAUACUUAAAGACACUAAAAAAAAUCAUACUUAUUGUUACCCUGCCUGGCGCUUAGUGUUAAGGGGCAAAACAAGGACUGGUCGACUCGUAGUCAGUAUGUUGUGUCGGAGUGGGGUGUUCAUGUUAAACUGUGGAAUAGUAUCAGUAGGAUAGCAUUAUAAAACAAGCUAGUACAAGCAGCCAUACACACAUGUACAUGCAUGUCUAUAUAAGUGCAAUGAUCUCUGAACACUGCAUUAAACCCCAUUCAUCUCACAUUAAGCUAAGCAUGGGUAGGAGAAAAACACCAAAUAAUGAUUUAUUUUUGCAUUUGUUAAUGAUUGCCAAAUAUGUUGAUGUGUUCUGUCUACUCAAGUUAACUUGAAAUUAUUAUUUACAGCUUUGUGAAAGCUAAAGUUAGUGUUUUAUUUUUAUAUUUUAGAUAUUGAUUUGUUAUGAAUUUUAUGGCAAAUGGUGUAUAUUCGUUGAAUUAUUUAUUCCUGUAACUGAUUAAUCUCUAGUUUUCUGCACACAUUAUAUUGUCAUGUAUUCGGAUAUUGUAAGCAGAUAUUAGUCCUGUAGUUUCAGUGGUAUUAUGCAGUGCUUGAUGAAGUCCAGGAUCAACAAGGAUGUGUCAGGGACACUGCAGGGGUGUGUAACUGGAUACCAAGAUAUAAACCAGCCAAAAUAAGUAGGAAAUGCAACAUUUGAGACAUGUUGGAUUGUGUACCAUAAGGGUAUUGGUGUCCCAGUCAUGCAGAGUUGCAUCCCUUAGCAGUCCCAGGAUCUGAUGAUUAUGAUCCUUUGGUUGUCAGCACCAUACCCUGCUCGUGGGUUUUGCCAAAGUGGUAAAUGUCAACGACCAACAUCAAUUCAGUCUUUCCUCCCUCAUCAUUUCCAACACACCAGAUAUGACUGUUCAAAGCGAUAUUAUACCCGUCUUCAUUUACCGAAACCUUGAAUUAAAUAUUUUAAGAUUUACAGUACCAGAGAUCCUAGGAUUUAUUUUCCUAUUGUCAAGAUGUUCUGCUUAAGGUUCCACAGCCUUGUGGACAUUAGUCGUGCCAGAAUCCAGAGAUCGUGGUUACAUCCCAGGUUAUGAUAAUGGUUUUGUGAGCUUCACAUCCUCUAAGGUUUCAUGGAAGUGGUAAACGUAAGCACUCUGCAUCACUUUGAUCGUAAAUAGUGUUCAGAAUUGUUACACUAAACUCACACUUGCUGUUUUGCUGACUAAAAAUAUUUUCUAACAAGAACACAUUGUGUAUUUCCGGCAUUUUCACUUCCUUUUUUAUCAAAGUCUUGUUUCCACCCUUGCCACAUCAAGCCCACUUUCCUGUGCUAAAUAUGAUUGGACUAUCGCACCUAUCGAUAGUCCAAUCAGAGAACGUUUCACAAAAUCAACAUCCACGACUGGUACACCUUCGUAUGAAAGUAAUUUACCUCUGCAUGUCUUGACACAAAUAUGUUUUUUCAUCCUUAAGCCCCCCAAUGAUUGCCUAUAUUUUUAUGUCAGUGAUGAAAUUGCGAUUUCUUUUUGUUCUCGGAUCUACUAGGUCACCGCCUUUUUGAGUGGCUAUACGAGAUAAGAGCAGAGAUUUGAUUGGAUAUCUCUUUUUUAUUCCAAGGGGCACAACUUGUGAUCUAAGCAGAUGGCGCUGAGGCUUGAGCCAAGAAAAGUGGGCUUGAUGUGGCAAGGGUAGAAACUAGGCUUUGAUGUAGGCUAGUGGACACGCUUGCCUCGGGAAGAUGUAUUUCCUGUUAUGGCCAUGUGCUUGUUGACAUACUUUAUUCUUGUUGGUUUGUUUUUGGAUUAUUUUCUAUCACUUUGUUCCUGAUUAUUUCAGAAUAAAUAUGAAGUAGUAA